AUGUCCACCGCUCUAAAAUGCGAAUCCUAUAUCUUUGACCCCCGACCAAACUAUCCGCUACUUCUGACCGCUAAGCGUUAUUGGUCCUCCACUACGUCUUCGACUGAGACUGCUGGGUACACGCUUGUCUUCGCCCAUGCAACUGGGUUCCAGAAAGAGCAAUAUGAACCAACUAUAGAGGACCUCUACCGCCUUCUUCCUCCCCAUGUCUUUAUUCAAGAAGCAUGGAGUGUUGACGCGCCGAACAGCGGCGAGGCCGCAGAUUUGAAUGAAGAAUAUCUACGGUGGGGAUAUGAUUCGACGUUCGGCUGGCAGGAGUAUGCCCGCGGUCUGCAUGCGUUACUUACCGGGUUGGGGACUGGUGUAGACGUGGAUUUCGCGAAACGGAGGUUGAUUCUUGUUGGUCAUUCGUUCGGUGCCGUUGCACAGGUUCUUGCACUUACCUUUCAACCACAAAUUCAACCGGAACAACUCAUCCUCCUUGAGAUCACAUGCUACCGCCCAGAAGACCCGCGUUCCAAGGUGAAUUACCUUGCAGAAGGAUCGGAGAAGAGAAGAGACAUCUGGCCAUCUAAUGAAGCGGCGCUCUCUCAAUUCCAAUCUCGUCCGCCGUGGAAACUCUGGGAUCCACGAGCGCUUCAACUCUUUGUGGAACAUGGCCUUCGCCCUUUACCAUCAAUCGAAUACCCUGAUAAGCAAGGCGUCACUCUACGAUGCACUCGCAGGCAGGAGACUGCAACCUACCGCGACCCGCAUGGAAUUGCAACUACUUAUAACACUAUUGGACGCCUAUCGAAACGUGUGCCGAUACACCUCGUCUAUGGCUCAAUAGCAAAUCAUAUACCUCGCCCAAUGAUCAACGACUUUCUAGACAACGGAAUUGGGCGAGAAAACAUUGCAUCGCUGAGACAUAUUGACGGAGCUGGGCAUCUGAUUAUUCAAACUCACCCAACAGAGUGUGCUGGGGUGAUUCUUGAUAUUUUAAAACAAGGGCAACAAUCUGCCAGGUUGUAG